UAGCGUAAAUCUGCGUAGCACCGCGCGUCACAUUUUUCCUCAAAUUCGACCCGAACUUUCCCACUUUUCGGAAUUUAUCGGAACUUUUGGACGAAGCGAAAAACGUGACGUCGAUUAUUUGCGCAUUUUUCGUGAAAAUCGACUUCCGGAGACGAGGACUGCGGCUGAGAGUUGUCGGAGGUGUAACGAGGAUUUGUGUCGACCGGACACAAGAUGGUCUGAGGAGAUGCCGUCGUUCGACAUGAUAAACAAGGUGGAACUUUUUGUGCACAAAGGAAAGUUUCCUGAAGACGCCUCUAAAAGUUCCAAGAAUGUGAUCAGAGCUGCCAGCAAACACUUCAUCUACAAAGAUGGCUGCCUGUGGCGAACUUACCGCGGCCGCCUCCUCAAGGUCGUGAGGAGCGAGGAGGAGGUGCGGGAGAUCCUGACCCGGUACCAUGACGACCAGAACCACGCGGGCCGGGAGCGCACAGUACGGGAGAUCAUGCUGAUGUAUUACUGGGUUGGAGUGACGGAGGCGGUGAAGAACUGGGUCAGAGCUUGUCCUGCUUGUCAGAGCCGGAAUCCACCAGAACCAGCCAACCCGCCCGUCCAGUUCUGUCUGGCCUACGGCUGCGACGCCUCCAGCUACGUGGACGCUGAUCUCAGCUUCUUCAGGUUCCCGAAGGAGGCGGAGCAGCGGGGGAGCUGGCUGAUGGUGGCUCAGCGGGACGAAGGCUCGCUGCGCUCCAACUCCUUCCUCUGCUCCCGGCACUUUGAGUCGUCCUGCUUGACGCUGAGCGAGGAGGGUCAGCUGACUCUGUCUCCUGACGCCGUCCCAACCAUCAUCACCGCGACAGCCGAGGAAGACGAGGUUCCUGUCCCUUCAGAUGAAGACUUCCUGUGUUCCAACUCCCUGGAGGACCUCCUCUCUUCAGCUGCUGCGGCUGCAGACACCACAGACCCAUCGGCACCAGUCUGCCAUCGUUCUGAAAUACCAGUGCAGCUCCAGGAACACCAGUACUGCCUCCCUGCUCCUGCUGCCGACCCCAGGGAGUUCCUGCCAGUAAGAGAGGAGAAGAGGAGAAAGACCAUCAUCGAGCAGAGCUUCUCCACCUACAACCAGAUCGCCAGGUAUCUGAGCCACAGGGUCGUUCCCAUGCAAAGCAAGAAGAGCAGAGGUGCUCUGAAGAGGAUGGCCAAGCGCUUUGGACUUAUAGAUGGAGUGCUGAUGUUCACCCGGGUGUCUCCACCGCUCAGAGUGCCGCGCAGCCGAGAGGAGGUGAACGCCAUCCUGCAGCAGUUCCACGACAACCAGGGUCACUACGGUCAUGGGAUCUGCCAGCAGGAGAUCACCAAGCACUUCUACUGGAGCAGCUUGACCCGGGACCUGGCCUCGUGGAUCUCCAGCUGCCACACCUGCCUCAACAGAACCAAGAGGAAGUGGCUCCGCUGCAGCGUCCACAGCUGCAACCACUGCUGUGGGCCGGUGGAGAGGGGCCUGGGCCUCGCCUUCCACAAGUUUCCUCUUCACGACCCCCCCCUGCUCGCUCAGUGGCUGAAGGCGGUCGGCCGGGCCAACUGGCACCCCCGACUCGGCUCGUCCAUUUGCUCCUCCCAUUUCACCGAGGACUGCUUCGACCGCACGGGAGACAAAGUCACCCUCCGCCCGGACGCCGUCCCCACGCGGCUGGUCCACAGCAGCUCGGCACCCUUAUUUGCCAAGUACGAUGCUGUGGAGCUCUACCUCCGUCAACGCAUCUAUCCUCCGGGUCUGAGCUACGUGGAGAAAAACACCUUCAGGAGAUUCUGCAAGAAGUUCGUGAUUAAAGACGCUGAGCUCCACAUGGUGAAGGGGGAGCGGGUGCGUCUGGUCCUCAGGAGCCAGCAGCAGGUGGAGGUCGCCCUGAAGGAUUAUCACAACGAGCUGAACCACCUCGACACCAACAAGUGUCUCCGGCUGCUCAACGAGAGAUUCUUCUGGAAAACCAUGAAGCCGGACGUGGUGCAGUGGAUCGGCAGCUGCUCCGAGUGCAGCCGGCAGACGAGGAAGAAGCCAGAGAAGCAGGCGGCGGCGGCGGCGGGAGGAUCCGAGUCCUCGCUGCAGACGCACACAUCACCACAGAUCCACCGAGACGUCAGCAGUGAGACGGAUGAUGCAGAAGAAGAAGAUGAUGAUGAUGAUGAUGGUGGUGGUGGUGGUGGUGGUGGUGGUGGGAGCGUUGGGGAUGAAGAGAUGCAGGAACCAGACAACAGAGAGGAUGAGCCCCCCCGGCCUGCAGCUCCCGUCAACCCUCAGCGCAGAAUUCCCAUCAUCCUCCAGCCUGGGACCAGAGUCCGGUCCAAUCAGAGAGGGAAGCAGGCUGACGUCCAAUGGGAGACAGUCUCUCAGCCCGAGGGUCAAGGCGGCGUCCUGGAUCCUCCAGAGGAGCAGAUGGGACCCGGAGCACGGGUCUCUCGGGGCAGCGCCAGAACACAUCACUACGUCAGAGAGCUGCCUCCACCUGACGGCCCCCCAGAACCCCAACUUCCACAAGCAACAGCCAAUCACACUCAACCUGUAAGUCCCGACAGCCAAUCACACACAGCGACGGAAACCCAGAGCGCCGGUGGCGUGCAGCGCCUGGCGAAGAGGAGCAGAGACCUGGAGGAAGAGUCCCCGGCUAACAGGGCGUCCAGCUGUGGCCUGGAGCCGGUGGUGGCCCCCAGCACCAAACCCUGGCCCGUCUUCACCAUCGCCGGCUCUGCACCGGAUCACGCAGCCAAACCUGCUGAGGCCGACCGGAGCAGCCCCGCCCUCAGCCGGGGGCCCAGGACGCUCCAGGCCCGGACCGUCAUCCAGCAGUGCAGCCAGGCCAAGGUGAAGAUCAGACCUGCUCUGGACGGGGCCGAGGCUCAGUGGGCCGAGAUCCAGGAGGGAAUGGUUGUGUACGUCUGCUUCUCCCGUGAAGCCACGGAAAACAUCACGGAGGAAAUAGCCAACUCUCUGAUGACCACCAAACUUUUCCGGAAGGACACCCGGCACUGGGCGUCCGUGCUCGACCUUCCCGGGAGCGUUUUGUUCGUCCCCCAGGACUCCCUGCUGGGCGAGCCCGUGCCCAAGAGGAAGAUGCAGUUCAAGGGCGGGUGCGAGCCGUGGUGGGGCGCCCAGCUCUUCUCCAACCUGGUGUCCACCUGCAGGGAGCUGCUGCAGCGCUCCGUGAAGUGCACGAGGGCGGGGGUGAAGGUGGAGCAGGGAGUCUACGGCCAGAAACAGGAGAUGGUGCUGAGCUGUGCCGAGCCGCUGACGGUCCUGCUGGAGUUCUGAGGGACAGACGGACAGGAGGACGUCCACUGAUCUGAAUCUGAAGGUCCAAGUCUCUCACCUGGUCUCACCACAGAUCAGAUCCCAUCAUUAGUCACAGAUUGGAUCAUUUUUCAGAUCAUCAGUUCCAUAAAUAUAUAGAUAUAUAUAAAAACAAUUUCCCCAGAGUUCUAUCGUAGACAGAUCUACACGUCAGUUACAUGACAGGAGACUUUUUGUGCAUUUCUGCUUCUGAAGAACAAUUAAUAUGAUUAAAAAGAGACGUUUGAGACGUUUGAGACGUGAGAAAACAACGAAAGGUUGUUUGUAUUCACUGAUUCGGAUUCGUCCACAUUCAUACGGUUAUCAGAAACUUCACCUUUACUGAGUUUACACCUUCUGUCCUUAAACAAAGACUCUAGUUCAGUUCCCUCUGCUGGUGAUGACCUGUCAGUAGAUCAUCUGCUUCCUGUUUACAUCACAUGACCGCGACGUGAAUCAUCAGCUGACUUCUCAGCUCGACUCCAUGUUUUUGAAUCUGUUAAAUGGACUUCAUAUAUUUUUGUUAAUGAUUAUACUGUACAGUUGAGUCUAUCUUGAUAUUAAACAAUUAUUUUUUGUUAAAUAAAAUGAGUAUCACUUUUG